AUAUAGUCUUCCUGAUAAUGUCGGGGGCUCAAACACACUCUCUCUGUUUAAAUCUAGAUUAUCUCUUCAGCCAAGCAUUCGCAUAAUGAAUCUCAAUCUCACCCUUGUUCCCAUAGAUCAGAUAAAAGUCACAAACAUAUUUUUUGCUUGAAACGUUAUGAACAGCAGCUAUGCUAAUUCUUUUCUAUCUGCCUUUCUGUUCCUACCCCCACGAGGAUGCCCAUCUCGAGGUAUAAAUUACGCCUGCUCCAGCGUGGAUCCAGCCUCAUUGAAAGACUUCAGAUGAUCCAACAACGCCUUUGAAGAGAUGAUGCUGACCCCAGCGAGGACCCCAGAUGACGCCAACUUGAAUUGACAUGCACAGAUGCCAAAAUGUCUCUAUAUUGAGGAAGCAGGAGUUGACCUGCCCCAGGCGUUGCCCUCUGGGCCCAGUGCCUUUAUCCAAAUUGAAGAGAUUCUAGAAGAAGGGGCAGCACAGGAGGUGAUGUCAGAGGCUCUGUUGUCAGAAGGACGUGUAGACCAUAUCAACAUGAUGAUGGGGCUACAUCCCACCUACCUGACCUGCUUCCUGCGAACACAGAAUGCUUUGCUCCAGCUGGAUGGUCCUCUGCCUCUGUCAUGGAGACAUUUUAUUAUCAUAUUGGCGUCUGCACGUCACCAGUGCUCGUACCUAGUGCAGCAUCACAGCUCUGCUUUUCUGCUUGCUGGCGGAGAUGAGUCCUGGCUUAGAGGACUUCACUGUGCACCACCCAAAAUACAGCACCUGCAGACGCUCAACAAACUGCUUGCACACAGACCCUGGAUCAUCACCCAGGAACAUAUACAGGAGUUAGUUUGUCCAGGUGCAGAGGCUCGGUGGUCCCUGGCAGAACUGAUUCAGGCUAUUGUUUUGAUGAGCCAUGCCCACUCUCUAGCCUCAUUUGUUUGGGGUUGUGGUAUUCUCCCAGAGCCCGAGCAGUCAGGAGAUCAGUCGGGUUCACCCACAGAGUCCUGUUCUGCCCGAGACAAGAGCAGAAAUCAGCAAAAGUGGUCUGAGGCUGUGAACGAGGUUAAGCUUUUGAUGGAGAAGAUGAUGAUGGUUCAGCAGCAAGGUGAAGAGUUUACACAAGAAGAGAUGGUUACUCGCUUUGAAAGAGAAAGGACUGAGAGUUUGCUGGAACCUGCUGAUGUUUUGUGCUUUCAGGACUAUUCGUGGGAAGAUCACGGUUUCUCUCUUAUGAACAGGCUGUAUGGAGAGAUGGCACAGCUUCUGGAUGAGAAAUUUCAGGUGGUGUGUGCGCUCACGUAUCACACCAUGGCCAUGCACUCACAUGUGGACACCUCCACACUCCGCAAAGCCAUCUGGAACUACAUUCACUGCAUCUACGGCAUCAGGUAUGAUGAUUAUAAUUAUGGGGAUGUCAACCAGCUGUUGGAACGCAGUUUAAAAGUGUACGUUAAGACAGUGGCUUGUCACCCGGAGAAAACCACAACAAGAAUGUACUUCUCUUUUUGGAGGCAGUUCCGCCACUCGGAAAAGGUCCAUGUGAACCUGUUACUGAUGGAGGCGCGACUGCAGGCAGCUUUACUUUAUGCUCUCAGAGCAAUUACACGCUACAUGACCUAAUAUGCGCACAAGAGCUUUAAAACAGGAUGACCUGUAUACACUAUUAUACUCUGAUUGUAGCGUGUGUUGAGACACAAAUUGCACACAAUCACACUCUAAAAGUGCAAAGUCUCAAGAGCAAUUUAGUUUCAUUUUCUCUUUUCUUUGCAAUAUUUUAGGCUUAUGUGGGCUGGUUGAUCAGCUGCUACUGGAUCAUGAUUGGAUUUGGGAUACAGCGAAUCUUGCACGUCCUAUGAGUAAAUUUGCUCAUUGUGGUCUUUUUGUUAUCAUACUGUGAAUGUGACUUUGCCCUGCUGCAGUAUUCUGGUCUGUGUGUUUGUGCAUUUUGAUGAAUGUUUAUAUUCACUAAGAUAUUGACAAUGUUUAUAUUGACACUAAGAACUCUACAUUGCCUAUUUCUCUCUCAGAUUGAGAGCUGAUUUAAUGUGGGCUAAAAUGGAUGAAAAAGCACAUUUUGUUGUUUUUUGUUAUUUGUGCAUUUUUAUGUAUAAUAAAAUAUUUUACUAUGACAUUACUGUUUUAUUUGCUUGUAUGUAAUGUCCACAAGGCAAAUUCCACAAAUGCACUUUUGCCACAUGUCCCAUGAUUUUUUUUAAGCAAUAAAGGCAUGUUUUUGUGAGCCCCCAAA